AAAGAAAAACACAACCUCGCCACAGACGCACAGUGAUGACGCGUCAGGCAUUCUCGUAGUCUGCGACACGCUUGUUAUUUUUCGUGCAGCGUUCAUUUCGCUAUAAAGUGUUCUCAGAUAACCUAACAUUUGUGCUUCGAUAAAAUGUCUUGUCACGACAAGGACUGCACGGAUCACGGACUAGCUGGCCAGUCGAAGUUGGAGAGCUUCCUGUUCAGCUGCGAGCUGUCCUCUAAAGUACCUUUCUACACUUUCCAAGGGGAUGAAGAUGAGGACCUGGAGCACUUCCUUGAACUCAGAACAGUUUGUCUAGGAGAGGGUGCCAAGGAGGAGAAUAAUGUGGUGGAGGUAACUGCCAUGAACCACCAGGGAAAGACCAUUUCAGUGCCCAUCGCCAACCUCCAUGUCAGCUGUCUGCCCAUGGUGAGUCUAGGAGAGUUUGAACUGAAAGCCCCAGUGACCAUCCGGCUCAAGGCUGGGACGGGACCAGUUACUGUCAGCGGUUUACACCUCAUAGCCUCAGAGGUUGAAGAGUCGGACAUGUCUGAUGACGAUGAUGAUGACGAGGAAGAAGAGAUCAGCCCCAUUAAACCAGCAAAGAAGAAGCAGAAGCAGUAAGCGGAGACGUCCCUGAUAGAUUUUUGGAAUGGCCCCACUCGCACGCUGAUCUGUUAAAACUAAAUAAAUAAAUAACACCGUUUUUUUCUACCGGGUGGGCACACGUCUUUCUCACAGCCAAGUAAAUUGUUAGUGCGGUGGCAGCUGAACACACUGUUGGGAGGAAGUGACAUCAUGACGGGCUCUGACGUUCUCACCUCUCCACCCGUCAGUUGCUCACUGCAAGUUCUUCGUGUCUGCGGUGUAUUUAACUGCGCUUAAGACAUUCACUUCUUGAAGAACUGUUUUUGCUAUUAAUGCUCCCCAGUGUUUUAUACUGUAUAUGAUGCAAUCAUUGAUGUGUUACACCCGUGGUGGACAGUGUCUUUUAACACCAGUGGAUUCUGGUAUUGUUUUAUAGAUGCUGUUCUUGUAAAGGUGUGUGUGUGGUGUGUGUGUGUGUGUGUGUGUGUGUGUACACUUGUCAGACGGGAAUGAAAUUAAUAUUGCAAUCCGAUGACUUAAUACAUCCAGUUUAUUAAGAGUUCUGAGUCUCUAUUUCUAGUUGUUUGUACUUCCAGAAAUACUGUUUUUCUAUGUGAUAAGUCAAUCAUAAAUGUGAAGAUUUUGAACCCACAGUGAAUGCAUCAAGAAAACAGUUGUUUGUUUUCAUUCAUCUACCUUUUGAAAUGAUAAAUAAAACAGUAAUUUGAAGCCUAUUA